AUGACGAGGCCUAAAGCACAAUACUCACCUUCGAAAGGUAAAAGCAAAGAAAAUAAACGUAUAAAACGAAUGCGUAAAUCAUCUUUCACAAGAACGCAAAAAAUGUUUGAAGUAUUCAACGAUAAUCGGUCCCAUUUCAACAAGUAUGAAAGCCUUGCUAUUGAUGUUGACGACGAUGGUACUUUGGGAAACUUUGUCCUGAUGAAAAAUGAUAAGGUUGACGUUGAAAUACCAGUUAUAGAAGAAGGUACAUCCAGCGAUGAAGAAGGACAAACUGAAUCUCGUAAAGGUGACCAUUCUCUAGAAGAUAACCAUGAUUUUAUUGCCUUUUCUGACACCUCUGAAGACGAAAAGGAACAAAAAAGAGGAGAAGACGAAGAAAAAUGCGAUUUCCUGUCGCUCAACCAAUACGAAAUCUCUACAUUUGGUUCACAAUAUCAUCAGGAUACUGAGAGUAUUUGCAAUGCAGAGUACCCUUGGAUAAGAGACCAUUGCCACUCGAGCCAAAGAAGAAUAGCUGAUUGGUUAACUUUAGAAAUCAAAGAUUUCGUUCGUUAUAUUUCGCCAAGCAAAAGCGAAAUCAAAUGUAGAAACCGAACAAUUGAUAAGUUGCGUCAAGCAGUCAAAGAAUUAUGGCGAGAUGCGGAUUUGCAUGUUUUUGGAUCGUUUGCUACCGAUUUAUAUUUGCCCGGUUCUGAUAUCGAUUGUGUCAUAAACAGCCGGAAUCGAGAUAAAGAGGACAGAAACUACAUAUACGAAUUAGCGAGAUAUUUGAAAACCAAAGGGCUGGCCAUAAGAAUGGAAGUGAUAGUUAAAACGCGAGUGCCUAUCAUUAAGUUCAUAGAGCCUCAAUCGCAGUUACACAUUGACGUUUCAUUUGAAAGAACAAAUGGGCUAGAGGCUGCAAAACUCAUUAGGGAAUGGCUGAGAGAUUCACAAGGAUUACGUGAACUGGUACUUAUUAUAAAACAAUUUUUGCAUUCAAGACGAUUGAACAAUGUGCACACAGGUGGAUUGGGAGGAUUCACAGUAAUCUGUUUGGUUUAUUCUUUUCUAAAUAUGCACCCACGGAUAAAAUCAAACGAUAUCGACGCCCUCGAUAACUUGGGUGUUUUGUUAAUUGACUUUUUUGAGCUCUACGGCAAAAAUUUUGGUUAUGAUGAUGUUGCCAUAGGUAUGUCUGAUGGCUACCCAUCUUAUAUUCCUAAAUCGUAUUGGAAAACUUUAGAACCUUCAAGAAGUAAAUUUUCGCUAGCUAUUCAAGAUCCCGGUGAUCCAAGUAAUAAUAUAAGUAGGGGCUCUUUUAAUAUGAAGGAUAUAAAAAAGGCCUUUGCUGGUGCCUUUGAACUUUUGACCAAUAAAUGCUGGGAACUGGAUUCUGCUACAUUCAAAGAUCGUGUGGGAAAAAGUAUACUGGGAAAUGUGAUUAAAUACAGUGGGCAAACGAGAGAUUUCAAAGACGAAAGAGGUUUAGUGGAGAAUAAGGCCAUAAUUGAAAACGAGCGCUACCAUAAAAGGCGCACGAGAAUAGUCCACGAGGACGUAUUCAUAAACGAUACCGAAGAUCUGCCAGCAGAAGAAAUCUACAAACUCGAGGAACCUCCCAAGAAGAAACGAAAAGCAACCAAGCAUAAAAGAGAGGGAAAGACAAAAAAAAGCGCUAUUCCAUCUCCUCCUCCGGAGUUAGCAGUAAACAAAAACAAGCGCCAACUCGAAAAGAAAGAUACUGGUCCCGGCUCACUCCCACAUCACAAUAAUCUUCGCAUAGAUGACCUAAUGGGACUUUCAGAGAAUGAGGAAGAAUCCAGUCAUGAUCAAAAAGAAAGUGACAUUUCAUUCGGACAGGAUGGGAAGCCACCAUUGGAGACGCAGACGGUAGACGCACAAACGAGAAGGGAUUAUUGGCUCUCCAAAGGCCGGGCUCUUUAG